AAAGUAAACAGGACUAUUGAAUUUUUGUUUACCAGUAAAAAUUCAUUAAUGUAAACGAAAAGGUAAACCCAUAAAAAUGGCAAAAGCAAUCAAAGUAAUUGGCUGUGGAACGGCCACAGUCAUUUGUAUGCUACUUUUGCUAUUGGUCCUCUGUCUGGAAAACAACAAGCAAGAAUUCACCGAACCACCAACAUACUUGGACCCCAAGUCUAGGGCAAAUGAGUCAAUGUUGUCAAUGCGUCAUCAGCUUCUUCAACUGCAUCGCCAGAAACGAUAUCUUCUCUUCCCCGAGGGCACCUCAUUCCAAUUGGUGUUUGACUUAAUUAUAGGCAUUGUAGACUAUGAGAAUUAUGCCAUUCUAGGCGUAACAUGUGCAGUGGCCUGGGAGCUACCCAGCAAACCGCCCAGCGAGUUGAUUGAAAACGUGCUUACUCGCAUCACAGACGGCACCAUAGGCACUGUACGUCGCAAUGGCAGUGUCGGCCAGACAGAGGAGCAGUCGGUAGAUGAGGUGGAGGAGAGCAUCAAUCGAAUGUCAGCGAAUCGGCAGUCCUUGCACGCACAGCCCACAUCACCACCAUCACCAUUGACAUAUACCACCAAUGACCAUAGCAGCUACUACUACACGAAUGUGGAGCGCAAUUCCGCAUCUUCUCCAUAUGCAAAUGCAAAUGCAAAUGGACAGCAGCAGCGACAGGCGGCAAUAUCUGCUAAUUGGCAUGCACGGCAGUCGAUGGCAAAGUGGCGGCAGGCUGAGAAUCCUUCAUCUUUACCUCCAACUCCGAGCCCAUUACGUUCCCAGUGGUCGAAGGACAAUUGGUGGGAGCGCAACAAGGUACGGGUAAGGCAAAAUUGGCUGGAAAAUCAACGUACAUGGAGCACUUAUGAGCAUCCAACAUGGCGCUAUAAUUAUACACCAAGACUCCGUCCCCGCCCAUUGCUGCAGAAGCCACCUAAACAUCAUAUUUAUCCCGUUUUUGGCAGAAGACGACGCCGACGUCGACGUAGUCUGACAUUGACAGAGGGACAGAAUAUGGAUCCUGCCUUUGAACGUCUUCACUUGCAUGAACAUCUUAAGUCGCGUGAAUUGCUAUUUGGCAAAAUCGAACGUUUGUAUAAAAUGCGACAGCUCAAUGGCACUGCCUGUGUGCUACGUGCCCUAUGCGAAUCCUCUCAACGACAUCGCCAAGUUAGAACUAAAAGGAUGGCUAAAACGCCGCAAGGAUUCAUAAUGGAACUGCUGUCGGCUAUCUUUCAGCUGCCACAUAUAGAUGAUGUAAAUGAAGUGAAUGGGACAUUGGAACACUUUAUCUCACCGCAUUACCUGGAGGCCCACCAGCAGCAGGGCAGUUGUCGUAAUGCCUAUGGUGAUUGUAAUAAUACUUUUUGGUUGGAUUAAAAGGGGAAUUCGAAAUAUAAA